GGUGAGACAAUAGAAAUGAUUGCGUUACGCGUUCCUCCUGAACUGGCUGAAGACCGCACUGAUACAAAGUCCCUGCUGCGUGAUUGUGGGGCCCCUGUGGUCAAAACCCCUUUUGUCAUGCUUAGUCCACGCAGCACGCACUGUCUACGUUACAUCAUGUCUGGGGCGAAAAGUCUGUGUGCUUUGGCGUUUCUUUUAUGCUUUAUUCUAGUGCUAAAGGCAUCCUAUGCAGUCGAUACUUGUAUUGAAGGACCUCUGCACAAGUCAAAGCCCGGCCCCGAAGGACCAGAUUAUGCCGAAUGUUUCCCAUGGAAGGAAAACUCCUGUUGCACGGCAGAUUUUACGAUCCAGCUCGCGAAGGAUAGAGUCGAGAGCCUGUAUAAUUUGACGUAUAACCAUUGUGGUAAUCUAUCUCAGCGCUGUGAAGCAUUCGUAAAGAACGAGGAGUGCUUCUGGCAGUGUGAACCAAACCUCAUCAAGUGGCAUAAGAGCAGCGGAAUCAUAGAUAGGGCACCCAUCUGUGGGAGCUACUGUGAUGCUUGGUUUCUUGCUUGUCAAGAUGACAUGACAUGUGUGCAAGACUGGUUGAAUGGCUUCAACUAUACCUCCAGUACCUACACUUGUCCUGUCAAAAAUAAAUGUCGCACAUUUAAAGAGAUCUUCAAGAGUGGUGAGGUGCUUUGUAACACAAUGUGGGGAAGCUCUUUCAAGUAUGAGGCAAGCAACAAGAACUGCAUGGUUAUGAACUUCACUGGCCCGAACCCAAACACCAAAGUUUCCCCAACCAUCAGUAGUGCAAAUACAAUUGCCCAAUUAAGUCUUUUGCUUCCUGUCAUUAUAGUGUUCAAGAUGCUUAUUUUGUAGAGCUUUUUACAGAUAGGCCAUAUGAGAUUUCUGUAGAUAAACUAGUCCUUAGUUAGUGAUUGCAGCAUUCCUCACCAACUAGCUACUGCCCUACAUUUACCUUCUGGCUCAGGAGGAUCCUAGGUGGUUCAAUCAAUAAACCAAGCAACCCUCAAUUUUUGCCCCAAGGACAAGCAUCAUCGACUUGCUGUAAAUGGGCAAUUUUAUAGAACCUAUCACUCUGCUUCAGAAACUCAGAAAUUCUGACCCUUUAUUUUAUAUCAGGGUUCAAUCAAUGUUAGGAUAUUUGUAGCACUAGCAAGAUAAAAGGAACUUUCUAAAUAUGUCACAAAAAGUGGCAUUGCUUUUUAUUUAAAUGUCAUUUUUAUGAUUUUUAAUUUAUUUAAUUUAUUUAGUGAUAAUUGACUUGAUUAAAUAAUGUAUUUGAGGCAAUGAUAGAUGAAGAUAAAUGAGCUGGAAUGAUUAGAUUAUUAAAAUAGUCCUAAAGCUUCUAGAUAAUUGUGUCAGUAUUAUUGUAAGCAUGAUACAGAAAAUCAUGCUUUAAACUUGAAAUUCUAGAUUAUUACAUCAUUUCAAAGCAUAAUUGUGAAAUAAAAAAUGUUGCUAACAA